AUGGUAACGUCGCGCAAUCAAGUGGCGUCCUCCAUUCUCUCUACCUUUAAUCCACACUUCUUCACUACUUUCCUUCUUAAUCUCCUUUUUCUCUUAGCAUUAUCCACGUCUCAAGCGAUAGAAAAUGUGCUACCACUCCAAGACUCCAUGUGUCUCGAACUCGACAUGAAUCCCGACACUUUUUGGGCCCUUUCCACAUCUCAAAUCGCCCAAGAUAGUGCCCAAUUUAAGACCCAAAUACUGGAUGUCGUUCCUGAUUUGGUCCCUUUUGAUGUCAAAUGUGACAAAAUGAAACGUUGUGACCAAAAAGGCAUUUGUGCCAUUGUAUGCAAACAUGGCUCGGUCCAAAUGGAGAAAUGGCUACAAAAAGCUCUUCAUCUGCAACGUAAACUUGCGUACCGACGGAAUAUUUGCUCUGCAACUUUACCAGGCACACACAACUCAGCGAUCAAUUUAGCUGAUGGUUACGGCGUGGAAGAUCACGUGUUUGAGGGCUAUUUGCGUUACUUUUCAUGGUUCAAAAAGGGUAUGAAGGUGCACACGAACGACCAGUUCUUUUCUCUUACUGACCAAUUAAACAUGGGGGUGAGGUUUAUUGAGCUGGAUAUGCAUUGGUUUGAUGGCGAUCUACACAUUGCUCAUUGUGGAGGCUUCAAGUCGAAAUUAUUGGACAAAAUGAUCGAAGUUUUCAAUGAUAUUGCCAAGAUAUUGGGCACCGGUAUUGAGUGGGACUCGGAGACAAUUGGGUGUAAACCAAGCUUAAGUAGCAUUCCAACCAAGGAGCAGCGGCCAUUGGAGGAAGCACUGAGUGAAGUAGCGUCGUGGUUGCAUGCACCAGAGCAUGUGGACGAGUUCUUAAUGGUGUUCUUUGACGACGAGACAAAUCUCAUGAAAUGGAACAAAGUCGGGAUGCUGCUGGAUUAUCUGAAGAAGUACUUUCCGGAGGAGGAAAUUCUACGACCGAUAGAGUUGGUGUACGAAACAAAAUGGCCUACAUUUGAAGAACUGCUCCGUGCCGGAAAGCGGGUGCUGUUCAUGAGUGGUGCCGAUUACCUUGCGCAAGGGGAGGAACUCCUGUUUGUGAAGGACACUAUUUGUAACUGGCAAGAGCCGCCAUUACCUCUUACCCCGUUUCCUGAAUGCCGAUUCAAUCAUUCCGACACUGAUAUUGGGAUUCCUGACGAAAACUUCACAAUCUUUCGCCCAGAAACCAGCGAGAUUGAGUACGGUUUUCUCAAUGCAAACGGCCAGAUUGGCUACAAUAAGUACUUGCUGAAUGAAGAAUCUCUUCCAGGCGUGGCAGACUGUGGUGUGAAUAUGCCAUCACCAGACAACCUCACCCCAAAACGCAUGGAGGCUACAGUAUGGACUGUAACUAAGGGGCAUGAGCUUGAUGCUAGCAAGUGUGUCGCACUCAUGCGUGAGUCAAAGACUUGGCAGAGCGUCGAUUGUCAAGCUGCCAACUUGGUACCAGCAUGUUUUGACAUGAAAAACCCACGUCUUUGGCAGCUUGGAAGUGUGUCGGUCGUUGAAGCCGACGCAGCUUUCGCCUGUUCUGCUCUGUCUGCAUCAGAAUUAAAGUAUUCAGCCCCAGCCUCGGGAUAUGAGAAUGAACUGUUGCGCAGUCAAUUGAUUGAGCACGCGCCUAGAUCGAUUGCAGGCGUGUGGUUGAACGCAAAAGCUUUCGUCUCGGAAGUUGCAACCGUUGCUCAGCAACUGAAGGUGUCACCAAUUGACGACAUUAUCUCGGUGGAAUAA